UAAACCAUGCUCCGUUCAGACGGCUCCUGCGCACAGUUCAUCUGGAGGGAGGCCGAGAGAGCCUGUUCAGACCAGCGUGCACACAACAGGGUGAGCCGUGACCCCUGUGCUCUCGUCCAGCUCCGGCUCUCAGGGUUAACGUACCCCGAUGACGACCAGAGCACCAUCGCCCGAGCCCGGAGACGCCGCAGACUGGCGGCUAACGCCCGCGAGAGGAGGAGGAUGCUGGGCUUGAACGUGGCUUUCGAUCGUCUGAGGGGCGUCAUUCCUAACGUGGAGAGCGAGAGGAAGCUGUCGAAGUCUGAGACGCUUCAGAUGGCGCAGAUCUACAUCAACACUCUGACUGAACUGCUGGAGGAAAAAGACUGCGACCCCGACUUCAGUUACCCCACAUUAAUGAGGGGUGUGGAGGAACAGAUGAUCGUGAAUAGUUCAGUGGAGGCUACAGUAGGAGAGGAGACCGAAACAGAGGAGAAAACGCCUUCCAACACCAGGACAAAUUCAUUUACUGGGAAUUUCAGGAACCCCAAGUGCUGUGACCCCAAAUCACAUGAAGACUUAGAAAUGAACUUGAUGGAAAGAAGCAAUGGCACAAGAUAACUCCGAUUUUUGUAUCUCUGCUAAACUCAAUUUCUUUUUUUUUUAAAUGCUAACAUAUGUUUUGUACACAAUAUAAAUAUUUAGGAAUCAAUGAGAAUUUUG